UCCUCUUUCGCCGGUCAUGCGAGUUUUUCCAUCGUUUGUCUGGGUUGUUCGUGACUUCACUCUGGAACUGAAACUAGAAAACGAGCCAAUAACAUCAGACGAGUAUCUAGAGAGUGCACUGACACUGAAAUCAGGUAGCUCACGUCAAACUGAGCAGUAUAACCUGCCUCGCAGCUGCCUGCGACAUUUCUUUGCGGUGAGGAAGUGCUUUGUUUUCACCCGGCCUGCUAGUACGCAAAACAUGAGAAGAAUGGAGGAGCUGACUGGGAAUGAUCUAGAUUCAGAGUUCCUUGAGCAGGAAAACACCUUCUGCCAUUACAUUUUUGACAGUGCAGAUCCAAAAACAGUCAGCGGAAGCCGUGUAAUUACUGGGACAGCUUUGGGUAAUCUCGCCGAGGUUUACAUUGAGGCGAUCCGCAGCGGGAAGAUUCCUUGUUUGGAGAAUGCAGUGGUGUCUCUGGCUAAGAUCCAGAACGUCCAUGCGGUGGACGAGGCCCUGCAGUUUUACAUGACUGAGAUGUUCAGCAUGGCUCAGCUUCCUCUGCGCCCAGAAGAGCUGUCCGACAUCCACACAGAUGCAGAGAAGGCGGCCAUUGAAGUAUUCAUCACCAUGUCCUUCAAUGACAAUGAACAGAUCUACCAAAAAGGGCUCAUGGAGAAACUGAAUGAUGAAUAUCAGCAAAUAUGCCGGCAAAAUCAGGAAGAAUCUAUCAAGCAGUGUAAAGCUGUUCUGCUUGAGGUGUUUGAUACACUCGAGAAAUGUGUUUCUGAUGGAUUGUACCUGAGACCUGGAGGAUACCAACAGUACAGACACACACUCAGAUAUCUGACCAGUGACUACAGAGAAAGAACACACUCACAAAUAAUGAAUGAAGAAGUGUUGAGCAAGUUUUUGAAAGAAAAGGAAGAUAUUGGAAAUUUUAUUCUACAAGCUGACCAAUCUCUUAGUGAAGCGGAACAGGAAAAAGAGGUGCAGAGCUUGAAGAAUGAGAUUCUAGCGCAACGACAAAGAGGUCUAGAGGAACAGAACCGGCUACAGGAGCAGGCUUAUAAAGACAUGCGGAGAUCCCAUAAAGAACAUGUGGAUCAGAUCAUUUGUCAGAUGGAAAGAGCAGGAGAGAAUGAGGAGAGACAAUGAACGAGUCCUGGAAGUCAAGCUAAGAGUAAGAACAGGACACUUUAAAAUCAUAGACUUUGCUUGUUCCAGAGAAGUCACCUUCAAAAAAGUCCUGGUUAGCAAUUUUUUUCACUUGUGGCUGUUUGUGUUGCACUGCAGGAGAAAGAUGCUCUUCUAGAGAAGGGUUUGCAGGAGCAAGCCUUAUAGAUGCAGAGGCAGGUCUCAGUGCUACAGCAGAACUGAUCUUGGGCUUUGUCAUGAAAUGGUUCAAAUAAGAGUGGUUGCAUUGGAUUCUGAUUUAAAAAAGUGCAAAAGUCAUGUAGUAGAUGUGUGGAAUUUGUCAUUUAAAUGUUUAAAUUCUGAAAGUUUUUAAAAACCUUUAUCAUUAUAGUUAUCAUCCUUGGUGUAAACGGGCCGUAAGCCUCCAAGCAAUGAGUUUUAUGGUGCUUUCACUGUGUGUUAUUU